UGAUCAACGUCAAAAUCCAGCAAUCAACUGACUUCCACGCUCUCCCUCGCUCCAGUUCGCUCCAAUCCACUGUGGGGGCUUGCCCUAUUUCUGUGCUAUACAAAAUCAGCUGAGUUUCAAUCGCCUUGUUCGUUUUCUGAGUCGCCUCGCCUCAGUCCUCUCUCUCUCUCUCUCUCUCUCUCUCUCGCCUUCAGCCACUCUUCCUGUCCAUUCCACUGCAAGCUCGCCUUCCCCUUCCCUGCUGUGAGCCCGUUUACGUUUCUUCACUUGGAGCACAAAGCCACUUCAACCAGCCCGCCAGUACUUGACCUGCCACAACUCACCACUCACCACUCACUUGUGAUGGCCCAGCCGAGACAGCCGAGCUCGAUCGCACCCGAACGGCUCUCGUCGACAGAGUCGAGCACGUUCACGUCGUCGGCCUCGUCGCCAGCGCCAAUGCAGCACGACACGACGACGACGAGCGCUGCGCUGGCUUCGGCCGCACGACGGACUGGAUCGACGCCAUCCCCUCUCCAUCGCUCAUCAGAGCCAGGUCCAAGACAGCCACAUCAGCUGCAGCCACAGCAGCAGCAGCCAGCAGGCGCAGGGCUGCGAUCGCCAGCAGCAGCGCGACCGCCGCUCUCAGCUGCCCAGCGUGCACCGCAGGCAAGACGGAAAGCCACUGGCGACUCGUCCUCGUCUUCUGAUGAUGACGAUGCUCAUCGGUACAAUUAUCAAGCUGGCAAUGACGAUGCUGCUGCUGCUGCUGCUGCUGCUGCUGCUGGAGCGCCGGUGAUGUCGUCUACUGCGGCGGCGUUUGCAGCGGCUGUUGCUGCAGCCACUGGCGACGCAAGUACAGGGACAUAUGUUAACACUGGUGCUGAGCGAUGGCGACAGCAACGUGCAGAAUGGCUCAAAACCCCAGUCUCUGCGGCGCGACUGCAAGAGCUGCGUCUUUCCAACGCCGAUCUCGACGACUUGUGGGAUGAUUUGCCUGGCUUCGUCGUGCAAGGCACCCUCCGCAAGCCGGUUCUUCUUGAUGAGCUUGUCGAUGUAUUGAGCGAGUUGUGGGAAGAGGCUGGAUUAAUGUGACACUGUUCAGUGGAUCUGAAUGAAAAGGCUG